CCGACGUUUGUCACCAAAAUCAGCGCUCAUCAGUAACUUUUGUAUCUCUUUUUCUGCACAACAAUAAAGCUAGUAAGCGUCACCAAAAAUGUCAAAAAGAAUUCUUUUGUGUCUUUAUUUUAUAAUAAUAAUAAUUUCAAUAGCAAAAUUAGCUGCAUUUCCUGUCAAAAAUGACGAUAAAAUUGUAUUUUUUGAGGAAGAGGACGAAAGAUUUAAUGACUUAAUUGAUCCAAUCAAACUGUUAAAGCAAAAAGUCAGUAAAUCAAAUUACAAGAAUUUUGUGAAUAAAACUGUGACUACCAUCAGUAGAUUUGACGAUACUGACAUUGAUGAUAGUCCUGAUGACUUUAAGGCUGAUUUAGUGUCAAGUGAUGAGCUUGUUAAAUCGGCAAAUAAUACAGAAGAAUUCUUGAUUGAUGAUUCAGUCAAGCAAAGACUUGAGAAUGGGCAAUAUUUCCAAGGUGACAUGAUAAUUGCCAAGAAUCAAGAAAAUUUCUUCUUCGGAAACGCUACAGACCUUCCAUCAAGGACAGGAAUAAUUGACACAAAUUAUCGUUGGAGAAAGAACAAUGGUCUCGUCACAAUUCCUUAUAAGUUGUGGUCAAGUUCAAGAUUCACGACAAAACAAAAGACGAUGAUACGUCUAGCCAUGGAUGACAUUGAGAAGAAUACAUGUAUUCGCUUCACACCUCGCUCAAGAGAGUCGGACUUUAUCUUAAUUUAUUCGGGUGACGAUUGUUCAUCAUUUCUUGGACGUGCCGGCGGAGAGCAAGUUGUGUCGUUGAGAAAAGACGGUUGCUUCUCUCGCGGAAUUAUUAUUCAUGAAUUAAUCCAUACAUUGGGCUACGAUCACAUGCAAAAUCAUCCAGACAGAGAUAAAUAUGUGAAGAUUUUUUGGGAAAAUAUUAAGCAGGACAGUCGAUUUAAUUUUGAUAAGCUUGAUUCAAAUAAAUUUAGUAAUUUUGGAACUAAGUAUGAUUAUUAUUCAAUCAUGCAUUAUGAUCCACUGGCUUUUUCUAAAAAUGGAAGGAGAACAAUUGUUCCAACUGAGGAACAAUAUCGGAAUGUUAUAGGACAAAGAACUGCAUUGAGUAAAGGAGAUAUUGAGAGGAUUAAUCUUAUGUAUGAUUGUAAUUAUUGGGGAAAAUAAGAAGAGUUGAUUCCGAUUGGCACACAUUGAAAUGUUUGCCACCCAGCUGCCGGGUGGCAAAUAUUUCAAUGAAUUUCAAUGUGUGCCGAUUGGGAAUCAUUUUUGUAAGGACUAGA